CGCCGGACCUCCGCCGCCGCCGCCGCCCACCUCCCCUUCCACCUCCCCCCUCGCCCCCCCGCGCCGUAUGCGGCUCGAUCGCCCCCGCCCGCCCCUCCCCGCGCGCGAAAAGGGGGCAGCUUGAUCUCGCCGCCGCGGCCUCCGGGCAUCCCCGGCCAUGGAGAGGGUGGCGGCGGGGAGCAGCGAGCAGGGGACGCCCGACAGCGAAAUGGGCGACGGGGACAACGACAGCGUCGGCUACGGCACGGAGAUGGAGCUCGACGCCGCCUCAACCCCCGGCUCCGCCCCCGCCUACCCGGCGCGCCCCAGCGUGCACGACGGGGUGGACCCGUUCGAGGGCAUGGAGUUCGACGACGAGGAGGACGCGUGGACCUUCUACAACCUCUACGCGCACCGCGUCGGCUUCAGCACCCGGAUCAGCGUGAUGCACCGCUCCCGCCGCGACGGCUCCAUCAUGUCGCGCCAGUUCGUGUGCGCCAAGGAGGGCUUCCGCACCUACCGCGGCAAGCACGAGCAGGCCGCCGCCCUCGCCUCCAGCCCCGCCGGCGCCGACGACGGCGGGCGGGGCGGCCGCCGCACCCGCGCCGUCACCAGGGUCGGCUGCAAGGCCAUGAUCCGGGUCAAGAAGCAGGACGGCGGCAAGUGGGCCAUCACCAAGCUCGAGACCGCGCACAACCACCCCCUCGUCCCGCAGAACCAGGCGCACUGCCUGCGCCCGCACAAGCCGCUCUCCGAGUGCGGCAAGCAGCGCUCCUCCUCCUCCUACGGGCUCCGCCGGAAUGGAGGCAUGUUCCUCGCGAUUGAGCCUCCGCCACCACCAACACCCCCCACGCCGCCUGUUCCUCAGACCAGCAUCAUCCCUCAACCAGCCGUGGUUCCCCAUUACAUUGGGGAUGGCAUCGGAAAUGCCACUCGGGUGAUCCUGGAUUAUGUCAAGCGCAUGCAAGCUGAGGACCCGGCCUUCUUCUACGCAAUGCAGUUCGUCGAGGGCCAUCCGGUGGGGAAUGUCUUCUGGUCCGAUGCGAGAGCGAGGACGGCGUACAAGGACUUUGGGGACGCCGUUUUCUUGGAUGACCACUGCAAAAGAAACAAGUAUGAGCUCCCGCUGGUCACAUUCACCGGAGUCAAUCACCAUUGCCAGCCAGUCCUAUUUGGGUGUGCGGUCAUCAGGGAUAACUCCGAGGCGUCAUUUGCUUGGCUCUUUGAAACACUUCUCUUGGCAAUGUCUGGUCAGCACCCUGUCUCUCUCACCACCGAGUAUGAUGGCGCCAUACAAUCAGCUGUCCACAAGGUUCUUCCUCAAACCAGGCACCGAUUCUGCAGAUGGCACAUCUUGAAUGAAGCCCAGUGUAAGCUAUCAGAUUUCUUAAAUGCAUUCCCGUCCUUUUAUGAUGAUCUUGUCAACUGCAUCAACAUGUCUGACACAAUUGAUGAGUUCGAAGCAAAUUGGGAGGCAUUGAUUUCUAAGGUUGGGUCUGGACACAACGAGUGGCUUGAUUCAAUGUACAAUUGCCGGCAGCAGUGGGCCCCUGUAUACUUGAGGGAUACAUUCUUUGGAGACGAGCCAUCAAGGCAGGGGUGUAUGAGCAGGAGCUCGUUUUUUGAGUCUCACAUCACUGCUAAAACUAAUUCACAGUCGUUCAUUCAGCAGUACGAAAAAGCUCUCGACAGUUGUUAUGAGAGGGAGGUGAAGGAAGAAUUCGAAACAAAGUAUUCGCUUCCAGAUAUCAAGACACCAUCUCCUAUUGAGAAGCAAGGGGCAGACCUGUACACUAGGACGCUGUUUUUGAGGUUCCAACAGGAGGUGAUUGGUGCCUCUGUUUCUACUCUGGAAGUGGCAGAGGAGGAUGGUAGGGCUUGCACAUAUAAAGUGACCACAUCUCAAGGAAGUGAGAAGCCUCGUAUGGUUCAAUUCAAUUCUUCUGUGUGUUCUGCGAAAUGUACCUGUCAGAUGUUCGAAUGUCUUGGUAUUGUCUGUAGGCAUAUUCUUACUGUCUUUGGUGCACAAGGUGUAUCUACACUUCCUUCUCAGUACAUCAUAAAAAGAUGGACCAAAAAUGCCACAGACAGAAGCUCGGACAAGAAACCUGAUGAAGUUAUUAGAGUUAAAGAGCUCAAGGAGGAGCAAAGAAGUACUGUUGAGGAUGGCGAGCAAUCUCAGACAUGGCGCUACAACAAUUUGUGUCGUGAAGCACUUAGGUAUGCUGAAGAAGGAGCAUCAUCUGCAGAGGUUUAUGUUGUGGCAAUGCAGGCUCUUCAAGAGGCUGCUAACAAAGUCAAUAUGGCCAAGAGAGGGAUUGGACAAGUAGCAGCACCAUUGGCAGUGAUGCCAAUUACAGCGCAGCUACCAGAAUGUUCUGGGAAAAUUCAGGAUAGUUUUAGUCAGCAAAAGAAGAGAAAAAGGAAUUCAAACAACUCAAGAGAGAACUCCACACCGAAUCAAUUUAUGCAUAUGCAGCAACCUAGUAAUUACCUCUUUGUUGGUCCCAGUACAUCAGGUGGUUCACAAGGGCCUAGUCAGCUAGUUGCUGCGAUUCCUGUUUCUUCCUGUGCACAACAUGGGCAAACAUCGGGUGCACAUAACUCAACAGAUGGCAACAUGGCAACUGCUUCUGUAGCUGUUGACAAGUUUCAUGGAUUCUCAGACCGAGAUGCAUCAACAACAGCACCUUCUUCAGGAAAUGUUGUGCAAGCAGGAGAAACUAAAUCUUCAGGUGCCGCUUCACAAAUUAACGAGAUUCAUGAACUGUCCCAAGCUAAUGGAAACAAGGGAAGCAGCGUAAAUUCUACUGCUUCACCACAGCUUGUGACCGUUCCAAUUGGAUUCUGCCUGCCCUCCAUGGACAAGAACAAGAUGUCUACUGCUGGGAUGAAUUCUACAAACUCCGGCGGCAUGAUGAAUAAUGGCAAUGCAUCAUUUGAUCUUCGCCAAUGUCAAUCUUCUGCCCAAGUGCCUGCCACACAUUCAGAGGCAAAAACACUGGCAGAAAACACCGAGUCUCGGGCAGCUACUGCCGACAGCUCAUCUAUAAGGGCUGCAGCCAUCGCGGCGGGGGCGCGCAUUGCAUCCCCAUCUGAUGCAGCUUCAAUCAUAAAAGCAGCACAGUCGAAAGAUGCCAUCCACAUCAGGCCUGGGGAAAGCCUUCCAAAUCAGCUGAAACCAUUAGCCCCCAGGCCACUCUCCUCACUAGCACCAGCCAUCGCGCCCAGUUCGGCGCAGCAUCUGCAGCAGCCUGGACAAAGCAGCUUCGGCGACUCUACCGCAGCCAAGGAAGCAAUUUUCGGCUCCACAGAUGGCAGUGAUGGCGACGAGUACGAAGACGAAGACACUGACGACGACGACGGCGAGGGGCUAACCGGCGAUGAAGGGGAGCAAGAGUGAUCUUCCAGCUGUUGAUCGAGCCGUCUCUCCAGUCACUAACCUCUCCCAAGGCUUCCCCCCAGCCCCUGCUGAUAUCUUGACAACAUUUUUCACCAAUGGAAAUGGAGUCUCAUCAUAGAGCAAUAGCUGUAUACAUACAUGUUUAUAGCCUGUAUCUAAUGUCCCAGCAGCCAGCCAUCACCCCCCCAUGAGCCUAGGAGCCUUCUUUUUCUUUCUUAUUAAUCUAGAGAUCCCUUUUUUGUUUAACCUAAUCGGACAUGAAGCUUCCUCAAGCUUGUUUUUCAUUGGCUCUUGCUAGGGUUUGGUCAAGUUGUCAGCUCCAACAUGUGGUAGCUAUGAACUUAUGAUGAUGUAUGUAGUACAGCAUGGCUGCAUGAGUAGUAGUACAGUUUGCUGGUGAA